AUGUUGGAAGAGACUCACAAGUGCUUAUUAACAAGACAAGCCCACACAUCCUCAUUUGCUCCACAGCAUCCGUCCAUGAGAUGGCAUGGUAAAUUAUUACAUUGUAUCAGAAAAUGGUUGACGUUAAACGAAAAUGAUAUAAGAUGCCGCAACUUCUUGAAAACUGGAUCAGCCUUAAGAGCAGAACAAAGAAAGCAUUCCAGGGGCAAGUAUUGGUAUAUCAUUCAUCCGUUCAGUAUAUUGAGCCUGAUUGUAGAAAUUGUAUUUCUCGUUACUAUACUGCACAGAAUGACCUUUUCGAUAACUAUUAUAAUAUAUCCGAAAUGGUAUGAAAGCUCAGCGAAGCUCAGAGACAUCCUUCAUGGAAUCUGCAUGGUUACCUUCUUUUUUACUGGCUACGUAGAUAGAAAAACCAAACAUAUAUUUAUAAAAACUUCUCAAACUCUCAAGCACUAUCUACUCACUUAUUUUUUAGUUGACUUAUUUCUGAUGUUUGAAGAUAACAGUGAUGCUAUGAUACAUAAUUUGCUACACUUAAUGCAGGUAGAUAAGAAGCAUCAUCAUCAGGCAAGACAAUUAUUUGCUAUGCCUAUAAAUAUGCUGGCUUUCAUUUGUUAUUACAUUCGUUUACUCAGUUGUAUGCCCAUCAUUACUAAUAUUUUUCUCAGCUUUGGUUGUGGAAGACUAGCAAUAUUUGUAGUAGCGAAUCUAGCGAUCUGCAUAUAUAUUUUAAAUACUUUCACGUUUCUUGUAUAUGAUAUACCCGUUAACAUAUAUACUGGAAAUAAUUCCUAUUUUCCUAAUGAUUCUUGGAUCAGUCUACGGAAUCAAAGUUUUCAUGUGUACACUCUGGAUACCUAUAUGGAAAGUCUUCUUCUGGUGAUUUGUUAUUUUUUCGGAUCUUACCACUACGAUGUUAUAAAACAGCCUUGCGAGCAACUGAUGAUGUUUUUGAUUACAUUUCUCGGUAGAGCAUACGUUUUGGUUAUCAUUGGAAGGAUUCUAGCAAAGUUCGGAGUAAGCGACAGAGCAGAGAUAGAAUACGAAAAUAUGUGGAUUCAGCUGCAGAGUUUCAUGCAUUCCCUGGAUGUUCCCUUAUACCUUCAAAAUCAAAUUGGCGAAAAGUUUGAGUAUAAUUACCAAAAAAAAUUUUUCAAUACUCAACAAAUGAUAAAAGUACUCACAAGCCAUUUGAAGACAGAACUAUUUCUUUUUGGAUCUAAAAAACUAAUAAGUAUGAAUGCUUUUUUAAAACUUCUUACAUCUCAAGAAUUAGGAGCUCUGUUCUCCCGAAUGAAGUCGACUGUGUACAGUUCUAAUGAAAUUGUAUUAGGCAACUACCGGGCUUCCAAUAACUUAUUUUUUGUACUUUCUGGUACUGUAGCUAUUUUCGUUGGUGAGACAGAGGCCUUCCACCUCCAAGAUGGUGAUAUGUUUGGUCUGCAUUCCCUUUUCAUGGACGACCAGAAUGCAUAUGACUUUCCUAUUUUUGUCCUAACGUUAGAGCCUACCGAAAUAUACUAUGUGAACAAAAGAUGGAUAGUAACCCUCAUGGAAUCCAAGGGUGAUGUGUACAGGUACUUGCAUAGUCUUUAUCUCGAGAGAAUGAAAAUUACCACGGAUGCAGCCUUGCGGAAAAGAAGAACGGGACAAGACGUUAGAAAUCUUCUUAAAACUGGUUCAGUUCUUGAAAGACGAAGAAAGAGGACUGUAAAUAUCGACUAG